AUGAUGCAGGGCAAUAAGAUCAGACGAGUUGCAGCUACUCGCAUGAAUGAGAGGUCAUCUCGAUCACACACGAUUUUCCGGAUUAUUCUGGAGUCGAAAGAUGCCAAUCAGAAAGAUGGACCUGUACAUAUAAGCUACCUUAACUUAAUGGACUUAGCUGGUUCUGAGAGAGUUUCUCUGACGAAAGCUGCUGGUGAGCGUCUUAAAGAGGGGGCUAACAUAAACAAAUCUUUGUCAGUAUUAGGAAAUGUGAUAAGGCAACUAAGCGAGGGGAAGGAGUUUAUCAGUUAUCGCGAUUCGAAAUUGACUAGACUGCUCUCACAGGCUCUUGGCGGUAAUGCCAAAUCAUUGAUUAUCGGGAAUAUCAGACCAAUGAUCCACCGCGAAGUAGCCGAUGGUCUAGAGCGUCUUUGGAACGUAAGAGUAAACUGCAUAUGGGAAGCCGAUGAAAGUAGUCGCCAUGGAGAGGUUUAUAUAUUCGACCAUGUAUUUAAUCAGGAAUGUACAAAUUCAGAUGUAUAUGGAUCUGUAGUAAAACCUUUAGUCGAUUCCUUCAUGGAAGGUUUCAAUGCCACAAUAUUUGCAUAUGGCCAAACAUCUUCUGGCAAAACACACACCAUUUUGGGCAAUAAAACAGAUCCUGGGCUUUUCCAAUUAGUAUCCAAUCAGUUAUUCCAGCAUGUGGCAGACCAGGUUGAUAAGAGGUACUUGAUUAGAUGCAGUUAUAUUGAAAUCUACAAUGAAAAGAUCAAUGACCUCCUGGAUAAGAGCAAUCAGGGUUUAACUAUGAGAAGAUAUCAAAGGAAAUGUGCUGCUUGA